UUUCAGGUUGUGUUCUUUCCUCCGCGGUGCCAGGGACCAAGCUCGGGGGCCUCCUCCGUGCGAGGCUGGCGCUCCGCCACGGAGCCGCUUCUCGUGACGUCGUUGGAGGUUCUCUGAUGCGGAAGUACUAUGAGCUUUCAGAAGUUCUGGAGAGAGUACAAAGUUCUUAUUGUUAUGGUGCCUUUAAUUGGCUUCAUACACGUGGGUUGGCACCGAAUUAGAAGCAGCCCUGUUUUCCAAGUACCUAGUAAGGACAGCGUUCCUGAGGCAGACAGUCUGACCCUUUCCAGUCCUCCAAAGAGCCACAUCCAAGGAAAAUAGCAAACAUUGG